UGUGAAGGUAAUGGUCUUAGCAUAUGUGGGAAUAAUUCUUUUGUGGAAAUGAUGUUUCGAAAGUAUGCAUUGUUGCGUUGUAGAAGUAAUACUAUGUGAUAAACAACAUUUCACAUGAAUAAAAUCCUCCGUGAUGGAGAAGGUCCUAUACCAGGGAUCCGCUCUAUCCCAAGUUUUCCAAUUACAUGAAAGGAGCACGCAAUUGAAGAUCUCAUUUAUUCCUAUAAUAAACUCAGAAUAGGAGGGAAAAUAUUUUUCCGAAAGCCAACAAAAGAUACUCGCAAAAGUAUGGAUCAAGAUUCAUGAAUGAAAAGCAUACUUUGUGAUGGUGAAAAGCUAAGAAUCUUAUUCCAAGCCACCAAGUUAAAACAUCUAUUUCCUCUAAACUCAUAUUUCCCCCUGAGAUUUUUAGAUUAAGGUUUGGAAUCUUUUAUUGUUUGGUCUUUCAUCUAUGUCAAUGGUAUCCCUGCAAUGGAAGGCAACAUUAGGAUUGUUAUUUAUUUAAUAUAACAGCAUUAGGGUCCCCACUUCUUACAAAUGGAAUGGUCCUUUGUAUUACUUCUCAUUUCAAGAUGGUGGGAUUCUUUACCUUCUUCCUCUGCUCUUUCUUGCUCUUAAGUUUCCCUUUCUCAGAUGUUUUAGUGGUGCAAGCUUUCACAGGUACAUACGGAGUGAAUUACGGCAGGAUAGCCGAUAACAUCCCUCCACCAGAGAGUGUAGUGACCCUUCUAAAGGCAGCCAAGAUCAAGAACAUCAGAAUAUAUGAUGCUAAUCAUGAUGUUUUGAGAGCCUUUAGAGGGUCAGGAAUUGAAAUAAUCGUUGGACUUGGGAAUGAAUACUUGAGAGACAUAAGCGUUAGUCAGGACCGUGCCAUAGAGUGGGUGAAACUAAAUGUUGAGCCCUUCCUCCCAGGAACACUAAUACGUGGGAUAGCUGUAGGAAACGAGGUUCUUGGAGGAGUUGAUGUAGAACUGUGGGAGGUUCUUGUUCCAGCUGUGAGAAAUGUGUACAAUGCCCUUGACCAUCUACGUUUGUCCGACAGAGUAGAGGUGUCGAGCCCACACUCUGAGGCUGUUUUCGCCAUUACGUACCCUCCAUCCGCAGGGGCAUUCAAGGAGAGCGUUCUUCCUUACAUGAGGCCACUCUUGCACUUUUUCUCACAGAUUGGCACGCCGUUUUACAUCAAUGCCUACCCGUUCUUGGCCUACAUGAGCGAUCCGGCACACAUUGAUCUAAAUUACGCCCUUUUCUUGAAAAACCCUGGAGUUUACGAUGCUAAAACAAAGCUGCAUUACGACAACAUGUUUGAUGCUAUGGUGGAUGCUUCUUAUGCUGCCCUGGAAAAGGUUGGUUUCAGUAACAUGGAAGUCAUCGUUUCUGAGACCGGUUGGGCAUCCAAGGGAGACGAAAAUGAAGCUGGAGCUAACGUAAAGAACGCGAGGACAUACAACCGUAAUCUGAAGAAGAGGCUUCUAAAGAAGAAAGGGACUCCUUACAGGCCAAAGAGGGUGGUUAAGGCUUAUGUUUUUGCGUUGUUUAAUGAGAAUUUGAAACCGGGUCCGACAUCUGAGAGGAACUUUGGAUUGUUUAAGGCUGAUGGUAGCAUUUCAUAUGAUGUUGGGUUCACAGGGCUGAUUCCUAGUUCAGCUUCCUCGGUUCUUGGCUCCAUCGAGUUAUUGGCUCGUGUUGUCUGUGGAGCAGUUGUGCUCAUGCUGAUCUGAUAUUGGCGAGAGGGAUGAGGCAGUUUCUAACAGUGUAUAUAGUUGCUUAUACAUUCUAUUUUUUUGUUGUUUAUGUGUAUAAGGUCGUGUAGAAGCUAAAUUGAAAGUGUUGUAUAUUGGGUAGGUGGAUAAUUCAUGUAUACCUCAAUUUUUAAAAUUAAGAUAUUGCCCCACUCUUGGUGCAAUAAAGCACCCGAUGUAGCA